GCAAUGACGACAGAAAGCAAGAGAAGUGUGAGAACUCUGAAAGAAGAAGUUCAAAAGCUGGAUGAUCUUUACCAACAAAAAGUUAAGGAAGCUGAAGAAGAGGAUGAGAAAUGUGCCCAUGAGCUUGAGUCCCUGGAGAAGCACAAGCACCUGCUGGAGAGCACCGUGAACAAGGGCCUCAGUGAGGCCAUGAAUGAGCUAGAGGCUGUUCAGCGCGAAUACCAACUAGUUGUCCAGACCACAACUGAAGAAAGACGAAAAGUGGGAAAUAACUUGCAGCGUCUUUUAGAGAUGGUUGCUACACAUGUAGGGUCAGUGGAGAAACAUCUUGAGGAACAGGUUGCUAAAGUUAACAGAGAGUAUGAGGAAUGCAUGUCAGAAGAUCUCCUGGAAAACAUCAGAGAGAUUGCUGAUAAAUAUAAGAAGAAAGCUGCUCUACUUAAGGCUUCUGAUGAAUGAAGAUAAAAUGUUGAUUUCUGA